UAAAAGCAAAUAGGCUAUCAUAUUUUCUGCUUAUCAUAAAAUUAAAUUUGUAUAAAUAUGAUAAAGUUUUCUGGCUCAUCAUCAUAACAUUCUCAACUAUUGACCCUGAAACAUCAACACUUUAAACACGCUGCAAUUAUGGACACCGCGACCAGUCCAAGUAAUACUGAAUUAGAAAACGAAAUUACUGAAUCAACAGAAAUAGCACUUGAUUUGACUUUAGCUUUUGAGAAUGAGCCACCAGCGACAGCACCCAUUGAAAAAGAACUGCCAACAAAACGCCAAAGAGAUUCUCAAACCGAUUUGAAUUUGAUGGCAAAAAAGUCGAACCCGGACGAAAAUAUAACAGUUCAAGAACAGACGCAGCUAAAGGAAGUAAAACCACCAAUAGUACAGAUACCACAUCAUCCGUUACGAGACUCUGCGUUAGAAAAUAUAACAGUUCAAGAACAGGCGCAGCUAAAGGAAGUAAAACCACCAAUAGUACAGAUACCACAGUAUCCGUUACGAGACUCUGCGUUAGGCGAACAUAACGGCAUUGAUGAGAUUAUGCGAUCUAUGGCUCUUAAACCGAUCUUUGAAGAUGUCAUAGCAGUUCUACAUGGGGAGCCAAUUGACAAAUUGGGUACAUUGAAUACCUCAAAUUUACAAGAAAGCGUCCGCACGGCGCCUCACACCGAGUUAGUGCAGAAAACACUUAAUAAGGUGAAGGAACGGAAUAAGGAAAACCAACUUUCCAAUAGUGCGAAUGUGAAUGAAGUCUUCUCUACCAAUGACGGGUUGCCUGAUUUUGAACUAGGACCGAAUGGAACGCGAUUACUCACAGAGGAUUUGCGAAAAAUUAGGUGGAAGGGCGUAUCAAGUGCCACGCGUUCACUUUUGGAUGUAAUGUUCGACCCCGAAACACUUGCCACACAUACUCUGAGUGGCUAUUCUUUGCAGGAUCGCAUUUGUCCACUUAAAGGUCAAUUGGAUCCGCUUAAAGUUAAGGAUUUAAUAUAUUUUUUGAAACAGAAAUUUGAUUGUUCCGAAGGUAGAAUCCGUAAAAUAAUAAGUCAAAAGUGUGCGGUAAUGAAUAGGUUAUCAAGUAAAUUGUUUUAGCGCCUGAAAUGUAUAUAUGUUCUGUGACGUGUGAAUGUUUUUUGUAGCCUUUCUUAUUAUCCUUUUCCUUAUGCAGGAGUAUUAGCAUUAUACCGUUCAAAGUUAUAUUCUGUCUUAUAUUUUGUUAACGGUACUUCCACUUAGUUAAACUAUAUCAUAUGAUAAAGCCACACUGAUAAGGUCCAGUCACUUUGUUGACUGUGGGCUUUGGUCUUUCACCCCAUAUGCUCGAUAGAAGCUCAUAUGCGUUGUUAAGAGAGAUGUUAUCCCACGGUAGUUGGCGCAAAUUGUGUGGUCUCCCUUUUUGUGGAUUGGACAGAGCGCACUUAAAUUCCAAUCGUUGGGCAUGAUUUCGUCGGACCAUAUUUUACAAAGAAGCUGAUGCAUGCUCCUUAUCAGUUCUUCGCCGCCGUGCUUGAAUAGCUCGGCCGGCAAACCGACGACCUCCGCCGCAUUGUUGUUCAUCAGACGGGUAAUUGCCGUUCGAACUUCUUCAUGGUCGAGCGAUGGAACGUGUGCUCCAUCGUCAUCGAUGGGGAAAUCGGGUUCACCAUUUCCUGGUGUUAUGCUUUCACUGUCAUUCACUGAGCUCCAUAAGUUUAAUAUACUCUGGACAUCAGUCACUAGAUCACUUUUUGGGGUUCCACAACGGUAUUUUCCCCGCCAUGAAACCUUUUAUUAGUCGGCGCAUCUUUUAAUAAAAUUUUCGAGCCCGUAGGCGUUCCAGUUUAGGAUCUUCAGACCACGGUUAGGUCCUGAAGAAGCUACUCAAGGUGAGAAGCGAUGUUCGGGACAGGAUUAUGAUUUUUAGCUGCGUUUUUGACAACGUCGGCGUAAGAGAGAGGGCAUUCUCGGAUUUGGGGUUGUGGUGUGGUUUAUGCUGAGGCAUGAGUGGCUCUUUGUGGAAGAGCCUUGGAGCUCUUGGGGGGUUGGCCUUUUUUGAGCCCAUGCGCAUGCGGUAUACGCUCUUCACCGCUGAAACUUUCAUUCUUAAUUAAUCGAGAAUGGUUUGGUGGUAGAAGUAUUCCAGGACACCUCUGAGUACGGCAUUAAAUUAGAUCCUUGUCCUGGUGGAGCUGGUUGGUCUUAUAUCGUAUGUUAUGCUUUUCCGUCGAUGGUUUCGGGGUAAACCACAAUGGCUUCUGAAAUGAUUUUGGCGGCCCGGAUACGUAUUAAUGCUUUACGCAGAUCGCAGCUAAAUUUUCCGACGAUUCCUUCCUUAAAAUUCGUCGUGGUGGAGAGCUUCUUUCCUUACGGGGGGCGAGGUCCUCGAUUUCGUUAUAAGCAUUGGUAGUAGUCGUCUCUAGGAGAGUUUUUGAGCAACUAAAAUUUAAUAAACAGCAUUUAUUGUAUACAUUUCUAAAUACUCAAAUACACUGCUUCCUUCAUGAAGUUCGAAAAUUAUCCCUCAGACUUGUUACUUUCCACACUGGAGCGAAAUUUCAAGGCUAGAGUUUGUAAUUUUUUUUUUUUAAUUUUUUGCAAGUAAUAUCAAAUUGGUAUAAAUAUGACAAAUUUUGUUCGCUCACCAUCAUAACAUUCUCAACUAUCGUCCCUGAAACAUCAAAAUUAAAAAAUACUCUGCAACUAUGGACUCUGCGACCAACAAUAUUCAAAUAAAAAUCGAGAAAGUCGAAUCAAUAGAAAUAACACCUGAUUUGCCGCACGGGAUGGAAUUAAAAGAAAACAUUGACCGACGCGAGUCGGAAUCAAAACAUCAACAACAAUAUGAUAUCAAGGGUCCAUCCAAUGCCGACUUGCAAUUAAAACGCCGAAGAGAAUUGUCAGAAUCGAAAAGUCAACAACAAUUUUAUAAUAAGAGUCCAUCCGUAGCGGAAAAGCAACUAAAACGCCGUAGAGAAUUUGAAGCCAAAUUUAACUUGCUUGUAAAAAAAUCAAAAAGAAGCAAAUACUUCACAAUAGCCAAGGAAGAGUGUUUGCAAGAUGAAGUUAAAGCCCCAAUGGUAUAUAUACCACUAUACUUAAAGGGUACACCAGAAUCAAGAAGACAUGACUUGAAGCACAUCAAGCUUUUGCCAUUUGAAAGUAUUAAAAAAGAACGAGAGGAUGAGCAAAACACAACAAGUUUUUCAAUCAAGAAACAACUGAACUUCAACGAUCUCGCAUUAUUGUUACCCAAGCAAAUGGGUACCGACCAUGCUGAUUGUGGUCUUAGCAGAAUAUCAGGUAUUAAAACGGAGCCAAUCGACGAUUUGGACACAUCAAAUACCUUAAAUUCAGUGGAGUCGCUUCUAUAUA